CAUCUGUAGGUGAAUUGGAGAAAAAAUGGUAGAGGAGGAAGUUGAGGUAGAUGUGGAGAUCAAAUCUACGGUUGAGAAGUUCCACAUGUUUGUCAGAAAAUCACAACAUGCAUGUCUCCAAAGCCACUCGCUACAUACAGGGAUGUGAUCUGCUCGAAGGCGAGUGGGGCAAAGUUGGAAGCAUACUCUUGUGGAAAUUAACUUUUGAUGGAGAGCCAAGAGUGUCGAAGGAUAGGAUCGAGGGGAUUGAUGUGGAGAAGAAUGUGAUCCAGUGGAGGGUGUUAGAGGGACCUCUGAAGAAAGAGUACAAGAGCUUCUUGAAAACGAUGAAAGUGAGCCCUAAGAAAGGAGGGACUGGAAGUGUGGUGAAGUGGAACAUGAAGUAUGAGAGGAUUGAUGAGAAGGUGGUUCACCCAGAGAGGCUGCUCAAGUUCUUUGUUCAAGUGAUUACAGAAGUUGACCAAUACCUCUUGUCUGAGGAUUAGGGGACCCUUCUGCUUGGCUUAUAUAUUUGUGGGAGAGUUAUUGUAUGCAUAACAGUGUAAGGACUCUUCUUGUGUUUUGUUUUAUCUCUUGAGAUUUAGAAGAGAUGUCUAAAAGUGUGCUAUACAUAAUACAUCAUGUCUUCAAGUUGGAAGUUGUAAUAUUUUGAGUAGCUUAUGAGUUCUCGUUUAUGUAUGAUGUGUUUGUUAAUAAAAAAAAUUAUAUUUU